AUGGCAAAUAACCCAAAAAGCUUUUGGCUAGCGUUAAGUACGUUUAUUUUUGUUCUGCUGUCUUUGGUCUACACAUACGUUAUCCUGGCAGUUCCCGCGCCGAGACUCCCGUCAAUUGCAACUCAGAGGGCCAUCACAGCUGUGGAAAACGAACGUUGGAUCUUUGUGGGCGAUGUCCAUGGCAUGUACGAUGAGCUCCAAGAGCUGCUGAGUCUUGUGGAUGCCGAAAAACCCGACACGCAUGUGGUGCUGUUGGGCGACUUUGUCUCGAAAGGACCGCAGUCCGGCAAAGUGGUUCACUAUUUGGAGGAAAACAGGAAUUCCACGCACUGCAUCCUGGGGAACCACGAGAUCAACGUGAUGUUCGCGUAUUUGAACCGACGGGACUUGAAAAAACGGCUAUCGCGCAAAAACUCGCGCUGGGACCCGGUCGUCUUCGACACGGAAAAUUAUGUGCCUCGUCACGACCAGGUAAACAACAAACAUAAGCUAUUGGCACAGCAGUUGGGCAUCUCAAAGCUCACGUCGAUGGCGACGUUGUGCUCAGCAGAGCUUCAAAUCCAUCUAAAUGCCUCAGAUCACACUUUAAUCGCAGUCCACGCAGGACUGGCGCCAGACUUCGAAGGAAAACAGCCCAAAAUCGGCGACAUUACCACCAUGAAGUACAUGCUGCCCAAAGACCACUCGAAAACCUCGAAAUACAAGUUUUACAAGGCGCGUCGGUGGUUCAAGCUGUGGAAUGCCGAUACUGCCCCGGAGAACGUCACUGUGCUGUAUGGGCAUGACGCAAAUAGCGGCCUGAACCUCCGCAAGCAGACCAAGGGUCUCGAUUCCGGGUGUGUGGGCGGGGGGAAAUUGACUGCCCUCGAGUACGUUUACAAGAACGGGAAGUACCAUGAAUACCUGCACCAGGUUAAAUGCAGGCAAUUUAUGUGA